AUGCCCUCGAUCCUCUUGGGCUACGCGGGGGCGGCCGAGGGCAGCUGGCUGCGCUCGCUCUUCGUGCACAAGGUGGAUCCCCGCAAGGACGCGCACUCCAACCUGCUGGCCAAGAGGGAGACCAGCAGCCUCUACAAGAUCCAGUUUCACAACGUGAAGCCCGAGUGCCUGGACGCCUACAACAGCCUGACGGAGGAGGCGCUGCCCAAGCUGCACGAGGACGCGGACUAUCCGUGCGCGCUGGUGGGCAGCUGGAACACCUGGUACGGCGAGCAGGACCAGGCGGUGCAUCUGUGGCGCUUCUCCGGCGGCUACCCGGCGCUCACCGAGUGCAUGAACAAGCUGAAGCAGAACCAGGACUACGCCGCCUUCCGCCGCGAGCGCAGCCGCUUGCUGCUGGCGCGGCGCAACCAGCUGCUGCUCGAGUUCAGCUUCUGGAACGAGCCCCUGCCCCGCCGCGGCCCGCACGUCUACGAGCUGAGGACCUACAAGCUCAAGCCGGGGACCAUGAUCGAGUGGGGCAAUAACUGGGCUCGUGCCAUCAAGUACCGGCAGGAGAACCAGGAGGCCGUGGGCGGCUUCUUCUCCCAGAUCGGCGAGCUCUACGUGGUGCAUCACCUGUGGGCCUACCGGGACCUGCAGUCGCGCGAGGAGACGAGGAACGCGGCCUGGCGCAAGAGCGGCUGGGACGAGAACGUCUAUUACACGGUGCCGCUGAUCCGCAGCAUGGAGUCGCGCAUCAUGAUCCCCCUGCGCAUCUCACCCCUGCAGUGAGGGGCGCCCGGCCCCGCAUCACCGAUGCCUCCGAUGUCCCCAACGUCCCUGCGGGGCACCCGGCUCCUCUCCUCCCCGGAGCACCCAGUGGGGACUCCACAUGGGGCUGAGGACACCCCAUGGGUGGGGGGAGCUUGGGAUGCCCCAUGGGGGAUGCACCCUGGGGACACCCGUGGGGCACGGGAUUGCGGGACACCCGGUGGGAGCCGGGGGCUGAGGACAGGA